AUGGAGGAUCAUUUUGUGAAAUCAAUUGGGCCCUAUGAAGAAAUGGAAUAUAUAGUGGUGGAUUCUGUGGGAAGUGCUGGAGGUCUACUGUCUAUAUGGAGGCCACAAAUCUUUGAGCUUAAGAGUUGUUGCAGUGGUAAAAACUUCAUCAUUUUAUCAGGUACCUCUAGUCCUUCUUUUCAGUGUUCCCUUGUAAAUAUCUAUGCUCCUAAUGAGGUUCUUGGGAGGAGGCAGUUAUGGAAAUCUCUUGUGGGUAUUCAUCAUCAUUUUCCAAAUCCGUGGUGUGUGGGAGGGGAUUUUAAUGAAAUUAGAUUUAUGGGGGAAAGGAAGGGUUGCUUAUCCAGAGAUAGGGGGAUGAAGGAUUUUAAUGAGCUUGUGGAAAAAUUGGAACUAACUGAUAUGCCUCUGCUUGGGAGGCAGUAUACUUGGUUUAAUGCCAUGGAUGGGAACAGGUGGAGGAGGAUCGAUAGAUUUUUGUUAGAUGUGAAGUGGUUGGAAAAAUUUUCAUUUAAGCAUUGGGGUCUCCCAACGUCUAUCUCAGAUCACUGCCCCAUUUUGAUACAGGAAGAUGGCAGGGAUUGGGGACCAAAGCCUUUUAAAUUUAUCAAUGCCUGGUUAUCUCACCCAUCCUUCAUAUCAGAGGUAAAGAAGAGGUGGGAGAAAGCUCAAGUUCAAAGGUGGGCAGGGUUUAGAGUGAUAAGAAAACUAAACCUGCUUAGGAGCCACUUAAGGAUGUGGAACAAGGUUGUGUUUGGUAAUAUUGAUACUCAGUUACAGAAGGCAGAGGAGGAGCUUCAUGAAUGGGAUUUGAAGGCAGAGUCUAGAUCCUCUAGAGGAAGUGGAACUGAUGAGAAGAAGAGAAGUAAGAAGCCAUGUGUGGCAGCUGGGUAG